GUUAGCCGCGCCGCCGUUUUGCUAACGUCUGUUUUGCUAACGUCCGUUUUGCUAACGUCUAUUUUGCCCUUUUGUGUUUUUUAGGCUGAAAUAUGCUGACUCUGCGCCCAUAGAAGCAACGCCAAGAGACGCCCGCUGAAAAGUCCAAAGUGGCCCAACAAGCAGAGAGGCGAGCAAACUUGCAGCAGCCAGACCGUGGCCCGAAUUCUCCAAAGAGCCAGGACAAGGGGUGUCCACCGCAGGUUCCAGCCUCAGUGGCCAUGAUGAGUCCCCAGGUGAUCACGCCACAACAGAUGCAGCAGAUCCUCCAGCAGCAGGUGCUCUCCCCCCAGCAGCUCCAGGCCCUCCUCCAGCAGCAGCAGGCGGUCAUGCUGCAGCAGCAACACCUGCAGGAGUUUUAUAAGAAGCAGCAGGAGCAGCUUCAUCUGCAGCUUCUGCAGCAGCAGCAUCCUGGCAAACAGGCUAAAGAGCAACAGCAGCAGCAACAGCAGCAACAGCAGCUGGCUGCCCAGCAGCUCGUCUUCCAGCAGCAGCUCCUGCAAAUGCAGCAGCUCCAGCAGCAGCAACACCUGCUCAAUAUGCAGCGGCAGGGCCUGCUAUCGCUGCCCCGGCCCGCCCCCGGCCAGGCCGCCCUGCCCGGACAGACAUUGCCCCCCCCAGCCGGUUUGAGCCCGGCAGAGCUCCAGCAGUUGUGGAAGGACGUGACCGGAGGCGGCGGCGGUGGCGGUGGCGGAGGCGGCGGCGGCGGCGCCGCGGCAGGCCACGCCAUGGAGGACAACGGCAUCAAACACGUCAACAACAUCGGCGGCACCCGUGGCCUGGACCUCUCCACGAACAACCAUAGCAGCAGCAACAAUAACAACCACAACAACAGCAGCAGCAGCAACAGCAGUUGCAACUCGUCGUCAACUACCUCCUCCUGCAGCCCCCUCAAAGCGUCACCGCCCAUUUCGCAUCAUUCCAACGGACAGUCGCCCGUCCUCAACCACAGACGGGAGCGGGAACGGGAGCGGGAGAGAGAGAGUUCACAGCAUGAAGAAAACGGCGGCUCCCAUCCCUUGUAUGGCCACGGUGUGUGCAAGUGGCCCGGCUGUGAGAGCAUCUGCGAAGACUUUGGACAGUUUUUGAAGCACCUAAACAACGAGCACGCCCUGGAUGAUCGGAGCACAGCCCAGUGUCGGGUGCAGAUGCAGGUUGUACAGCAGUUGGAAAUCCAACUUUCGAAAGAACGCGAGCGUCUUCAGGCUAUGAUGACCCACUUGCACAUGCAGCCCUCCGAACCCAAGUCAUCUCCCAAACCACUCAACUUGGUAUCCAGCGUGACCAUGUCCAAGAACCUGCCGUCGACAUCGCCCACUAACUUACCGCAGACGCCCACCACCCCCACGGCACCCAUCACCCCGAUGGCGGCCAUGCCCCAGGUGCCCUCGGUGCUAGGCGGCGCCAACGUGCCCAGCAUGGGCGCCAUGCGUCGACGCCACUCGGACAAAUACUCUAUGCCGCUGUCGUCGGAGAUUGCCCCAAACUACGAGUUUUAUAAGAACGCAGAUGUCAGACCACCGUUUACUUAUGCAACACUCAUAAGACAGGCGAUCAUGGACUCGUCCGACAUGCAGUUAACGCUUAAUGAAAUCUACAGCUGGUUCACGCGCACGUUUGCAUACUUCAGACGCAACGCGGCCACUUGGAAGAACGCCGUGCGCCACAACCUGAGCCUGCACAAGUGCUUUGUGCGCGUGGAGAACGUGAAAGGCGCCGUGUGGACGGUGGACGAGGUGGAAUAUCAGAAACGCCGCUCGCAGAAGAUUACAGGAAGUCCGUCGCUUGUCAAGAACCUGCCUUCCAGUCUGGGCUACGGAUCUCCACUCAACGCCAGCCUCCAGGCCGCCCUGGCAGAGACCACCCUGCCUCUACUGGGGACCCCGGGCCUAAUGACCGGCGGCUCCAUGGGAGGCUGCCACGGCCUCCUGGGCGGCGACCCGUCUGGAUUGAUGGGCGGAAGCCCGCCCGGCCUGCUGGGCGGCAGCCCACCGGGCCUCCUGGGCAUUAGCCCUCCCGGCACUCUCAGCUGUAGCCCCCCCGCCUUGUUGCAGUCCGUCCACGACGACCUGAGCGGCUCGCUGGAUCACCUGGACAGCAACGGACACGGCAGCCCCGAUUACUCCCCGCCCGGACACAUGCCGCCCGUGCACGUCAAAGAGGAGCCCCCCAACAUGGACGACGAUGACUGUCCCAUGUCGCUGGUGACGACGGCCAAUCACAGUCCAGAGCUGGAUGAUGACCGGGAGCUGGAGGAAGGGAACUUAUCGGAAGACCUCGAGUGAUUUUUCCUUUUCUAUCCCUUAGUUAUGCUCUUUUAUUUUGUUUUGUUUUGUUUUUUUCUCUCCCGGGCCAGACUUUGGAAAAGAACCACUCCGCAACGUUCACGCAAACUGCCGUCCACUCUUCCUUUUGUUCCUCCCUCUAACCGUCUCUCUCGUUCUUUCUCUCCACUGGGACUAUUUAUUGAGCAUGCAUCCGGACGCUCCAAAGGAACUCUCUGCUGCAGCCCUUUGAGAUGGCUGACGCCAACAUGUCGGGCAUGAAAUGCCUGCAAAAAAAAAAAAAGUAUUUGAUCCAAGAUGGCCACCGCAGUACAAGGAGGAUGGGCUCAUGGAGGGAUGGAUGGAUAUGAGGAAGGAGGACACAAAUGAGCAAAAUUCUGUCGUAUUCUGCCAAAAAAAAAAGGA